GUGUCGCGUGCCUGUAGGUCCGCGCUCACUUCACUCUCCGCGUGGACCUGCUGCCCUUCAGGUACCGAAACGCUUUUUCCGCGGGUUUGAAAGCGGCGCGGAGCGCGGCGGUGGACGCGGCGUGUGUGGUGAAGCGGGUCGAGGAGCCGAGCCCACCUGCGGAGCCGGCGCACGGGUUCGAGUGUCGAGGAUGGGGUAAGACCCAGGUGCGCGCGAGAGGAGGAGAGCCCCGCCGACAGCUGCCCCCCCAGGGGCCGAGGAGCGGAGCCAUGCAGCGCGGGAAGAAGGUUCGGAUCCUGGGCCUGAUGGUGAUGCUCCACCUGUUCGUCUUCGUCGUGCUGGAGGUGCUGUGGGGCGGCGGACGGGAAAAACGACGGCAGCCCAAGGUCGUGGUCCCCAGCGGGCGAUUCUGGAGAGCCUUCGUGCCCAGCGCAGCCUAUUGGAAUCGGGAGCAGCAGAAGCUGGACCUCCUGCACAACCCCAUCCUGAAGGCGGAGAACGUCUCCGCCAUCGACUGGUUCAACGCGACGACGGGGCGGGGCUCCUGCGAGCCCGACGUGGGGGUGCGCGCGCAGGUGAAGGACUACGACGCGCUGCCGGCACGCUUCAAGGACUUCCUGCUGUACAUGCGGUGCAGGAGCUACCCCAUGGUGGUGGACCAGCCGCGGGCGUGCGAGAAGAAGCCCUUCCUGCUGCUGGCCAUCAAGUCGCUGGCCCCGCACUUCGACCGGCGCCAGGCCAUCCGUCAGACCUGGGGACGAGCGGGCCGGCUGGCGAACCGCACCGUCGCCACCGUGUUCCUGCUGGGCGACGCCGCGCGCUCGGACCACUUCCCCGACCUGCGGGACCUGCUGCGGCGCGAGAGCUCCGCCCACCGGGACCUGCUCAUCUGGGACUACAGGGACACGUUCUUCAACCUCACCGUGAAGGAGGUGCUCUUCCUGGACUGGCUGGAGCGCCGCUGCCGCGACGCCAGUUUCGUCUUCAAAGGGGACGACGACGUCUUUGUCAACACGCGCCGUGUGCUGGACUUCCUCGAGGGCCUGUCCCCGGCGCGGGCCGAGAGCUUGUUCGUCGGGGAUGUGAUCACGAACGCGGGGCCGCACCGCGACAGGAAAGUCAAGUACUUCGUCCCCGAGAGCGUGUUCGUGGGGCAGUACCCGCCGUACGCGGGGGGCGGCGGGUACCUGUACUCGGGCGAGCUGGCGCUGCGCUUGCGCUCCGUGUCUCCCGAGGUGCCCCUGUACCCCAUCGAUGACGUCUACACGGGUAUGUGUCUCCGGAAGCUGGGCCUCGCGCCCGAGAGGCACAAGGGCUUCCGCACCUUUGGCAUUCAGGAGAAGUACCGGGACAACGCCUGCGUUUACCACAGCCUCAUGCUGGUGCACAGGAGGACCCCGCAGCAGAUCAUCGAGAUCUGGUCCUGGAUCAGCAACCCGACGCUUAAGUGCAAGUGAAGUGUUUCCCGAAAGCGCUGGAGAUGGAAGGAGGUGUUUCCCGAUCUGAUCCUGGAGCAGUGAGCUGACACGCGGGUGUAAAGGUUACUUUGUUUGAGAAUGUUGAGUGACGAGUUGAAAGAGCUUUUGAUGAUGAUGAUGAUGAUGAUCCUGGUAAUUACAAGAGGAUGAGUUCAACUGUCUGAAACAAUUAGUCUUAUUUCCCUGCUCACUGUAACCUGGGAUGUCUGAGGGUUUAUUAUUGUAUAUACAUAUAUAUUCCUUCAUAUCUCGCACUCCAGAUGAGGCCUUCAGGAUAAAACGUGUGUGUGUGUGUGUGUGUGUGUGUGUGUGUGUGUGUGUGUUUACAAAGGUGCAUGAAAUGACACUUGACUGAAGUUUCCAGCCGUGUGGGGGACGGGGGAGGGGGUACCCUCAGCAGGCGUUGUUUAUGUUGCACCGUGUGUCUCGGUGUCUUGUGUACGGUGAGAGCGACGCCUCCUCCCUCUUGAGACGGAAGUCUGCAGGUAUUUAUUGCAACGUUCGUCGCGACAGCACUGGAAUAAGGAGCCGCGCUUCCUCGCUGCCUGGAGCGGUCGUGAUCGGUCACGUUCCGCACACCCUGGGGGUGACGUUCCUUCGGGGGUCCCGUGGAGUCCUGCUACGUCCCUGGACGUGGCCACGGGACGGCCGGCUGCCGGCUGCCCGCUGCCGCUCCGGGUAUCCCUCCUGAGAGAGACGUGAGUUUAAGCGGAACCCUGCGCGCGCGCGACGGGCACAAAUUGAGACGAGAUGGUCGCACCUUAACGCUGCACCUGAACUGCUGCUCUGGAAGAAGCUCCUUGACCCCGGUGUCCAGUAAGACUUGUGGGUUCCCAUCAGCUUGGUCUCGUUUGCAUCCCAGGAGGGGGCUGUAGCGCUCCUGCCGGACAGGAGCGGAAUUGCACGACACCCGUUUGAUCGGCACCCACCCCGCUCCUGGGGGGGCUGUUGGAGUCAUGCUGUGGCCUUAAGUAUACAUCACGUCAGUAAGAACAAAUAAUUUAUCCAGGUGACGGUGUCAUAUGUGUGUUCGGUCUCUUGUUCACACUUCUCCUGUGCUGUACAUGAGCAGCGGUGUUUGCUGUCUGCUGUCCAACAACCUGUUCACACACCUGAGCCUACAAACUUGCACAAAGGCACGUGGAGGAGUCGCCGUUUCACUUUAGCGCCUUGGGUGGGGGCCGGGGGGGUACGACACCCUGGGCACCACGCGGCUCAAGGGCGGCCGUCGCCCUUUCCUCCUCCGCCACCCGAAACUCAUCGGGCUCCUUCGGAUGUGACGUCCCCGCUGUCGUAAUGUCGCGUGUUCCAGCCUCCUUUCCCAUGUCGACACAAGUUCUCAGAAAUUGUCCGACUUCAAAGUGCCGCCUGUCACCGCUCUUCUUGUUCAGCUGUCUUUCUUCUGUUCUGAGUCCUCAUGUGCUCUUUGCGUGUUUAAAUGGAUGAUUAAUAAAGUGUAUUGCACUGUAUUUCUGAUAAAUUUGCUGUCUUUUGUUAGACACGUAACGGGACACACAGUCCGUGUUGCACAUUUCACACGUCCAGACUGCCGCCCCCCCACCCUCAUCACGCUUGUUACAAGGCGCAUCGCGCAGCUUCGUCGUCG